AUGACUGCAUCUUGGAUAGAUGAAUUAAAUGGUGAUCCAGAAUCGCUUCCCCCGAUUGAGGAGAAAUUCGAUCCAGAACACGGUGACUUAGUUAAAGAAGUUAAGGAGUAUCUUAAAGAAAAGCGUGUUGUUGCUACUCAGGUAGCAGAAAGAAAAAAAUGGAAGAAAUUUGGCGCUUCAAAACUGAUCCAUCAGGAGGUUGUUUAG